AUGCACCUCCUCACCAAUGUCACUUCUCUACUCUCACUCAACGCUGUUUUAGAGAAUAGCACCGGUACCAACCUCUUAUCAAAUUCGGACGUCUCGCUGUACUCGCCACGCAUUCCCUUGAAUGAUACCGUCUACGCCCGGGUUCGAGAGACUUUGGACGACUUCUCCUCAGUCACUUUCCGUGAGUUGCAAGUCACUUCAACCAUCGGGCCAACGACAAACCCGGAACUUCUACUCGAUGUGCGGUUGCUCUUCAGCGCUGGCCACGGGUCCCUGUACAUAGACAUGACAGGUAUCUGGGGCGAAUGGGCCGGCCCUCGCUUCUCGGUGCAGCCAUGCCCUGCAGAAAACAAUGUUCUGCCGUCGCGGCUCGGGAUGGAUAUCGUAUUCGCAGAUAGUUUGAUAAAGAAAGCGGGAUACGUGGGCCCUUACGAGGCCGUUGAUGUGAAGUGGCCCAAAGGCCUACCGUUGGGAAAGGAGCAGCCGUAUUAUUGCUUCUUGAUGGAAGGAAGUCGGCCGGAAUUUGUUUAUGUGGGGGUGAAUGAUCAGAGGGUCAUGACGAGCUUGCUGAGAGUAGGAGAAGGAGUGGAGGAUAACGAAGGAACGAUAGCGUAG